AUGGGUAAGGGGAAUAAACUGUAUGGUAAUUCAGGUGGCUAUUGCCGAAAUACAGACGUUGAAGCAGCCAGAAGAAAAAGACAAUAUCAACUGACAAUUGAAUGGGACAAAAAUGUUGUCGGACAAACAGAAGCAAAACUAGCCCUGGAAUACGCGUUUUUCCUUCCACGGAGAUUUCCAACGUAUUUCAAAGGCAUAAAAACUGUAGAUUGCAAAAAGCAACCACCAUGCAUUUUGUUUUGGGGACCACCGGGAACAGGUAAAACUUUAAUGGCUAAAGCUGUUGCUGAUGCCCACGGUGGUGCAUUCGUGUCACUGGAUCCGGGCAACGUGAAAAUGAAAUAUGUUGGUGAAUCUGAAAGUUUCGUAAAAGAUGUCUUUGACAAAGCUAAACAUGAGAAAACAAUCAUAUUUAUUGAUGAAAUUGAUGCAUUUAUGAGAAAACGAACAACAGAUGAGCGUGAACACGAUCGCAGCCUAAAAACUCAAUUUCUUAUUAGUAUUGAUGAUUUUUCGAAAAAUAUGACAGCUGAUUCGGCACUGAUCUGUGCAACAAACACGAAAGAUCAACUGGAUGAUUCGUUACUUAGACGAUUCAAAUAUCACCUAUUUUGUGAUUUACCGGACAUAAAUGAGCGUGCUGAGUUGAUAAAAUAUUACUUAAAACAUGGCAACUUUGACAUUGAUAUGUCUGAACUUGAGAUAUUGAAAUUAGCCGAAGCAACGGACCUUUAUAGUGGUAGCGACAUACAAACGGUUGUUGAUUUAGCGGCACAGAAUCCUGUUCGUGAAUUAAUGAAGGCAACACAUUUUUUAACAUCUGCCGAUGGCAGAUAUAUGCCGUGUAAACCGGACAUCACAGGAGCAGUUCAAAUGCGUCUAAAAGAUAUUCCUGAAGAUCGACUAACACCGGUACGUUUACUACAUUACGAUGACUUCGUAGCAGCAUUGAUACGAUGUCAACCAACAACAAACAUGAGAAAAUAUGAAGCAUACUUGAAAGAACAUUCUGUUAAGAAUGAAGCUGAAUUGACCCAACAAAUAAAUACCGAAUUUCAAACGGAACAAGAAGAAUGUUUGCAUCACUUUCCACAACUGCUCAAAGAAUUUCGACGUUAUUUUAUAGCAAAUUUUCGAAUUCUGUUCUUGUUAACUGUUAUUAUCAUUAUAUCAUCAGCUCUCUAUUAUUGUCGGACGAUAUUAAAUCGGUUAUUUAUGUUUACAUCAUUAGGCGUCCUAGUGUGGGCUAUUUUUACCACUAAUAAAGCUUAA